UUACUAUACUUGACUAUCACCAAUUUAGAUACCCCCAUUAUUUUUUUGGAGAUGCCUUUUCAUGGAAUAGGCUGGUUAUCCUAGUGCUGCUAUGCAUGCUGGCUGCAAAUUUGAUGUAGUUUUUAGUCACUCACAAAGGGUGAAUGAUAAUAUUUUUUAACAUUUUACUUUUCUAAUUUGUAAAACAAUUAAAUCUACUCAUGGUAAAUCUCCUUUAACGUUCCUCCUUCGAAUAUUUAAAUAAGCAGGAAACAUUAAAUUUAUUAGUAUGGAUAUUCAGUGGUAUUAGUUAGCACAAGCAAAGCAAAAGUAAAUAAUUGUAAUAUAAAGCCCCACCAAUCUAUAUGUUUGUUGAGGUUUUAUAUUCUCUAUUUAUGGAUAUUAUCUACCUGUUGCUUCUGUGCAUUUGAAAUAGUGGCUAGGAGGAUGACAUGAUAGGAUCAACAAACUUCAUUUGGAUAGACUUUGAUACCAUCUUAUGAAAAUAGACUUUGAGCCUAAUUUAACUCUACAAAAUUGUCUUGUGAUGGGAUAUUUACACUCAUUUAUAUACUAUAAUACUAUAAUUUGGUCACAUAGCUAGUUGAUGCGGAAUCUUUAAUGUGGCCCUUUAUGUUAAGGAUUAAACAUCUUGCGUGGGUGACUAUAUGUUUUUGGUGAUUUGAUGGUGAGCCGAUAAUAAAGAUCUAAUAAAUCUCGCUAGAGUAGAUAUUAAAAAAAAAAGAUUAUCCCUUGUUGCUUUGACUUUUAACAAAGAGAACUGGUUUGGCAAAUGAACCAAAAAAAUUUAAAUGUACUCAAGUUGAAGUCAAAUGAGGCGUCACCACUCCUUGUAAUGGGCUUAGGAGGUCUCAACAACACUGGCUAUUGCGCGACGAGUGGGACAUACCUUCUUGGCCCACCACUAUUUGUUGUAAGUAGGAUAUCAAAUGCAUUACUAAAGGUUGGUAGAAUACUAAAUGUAUUACUAGAAGCUAAUAGAAGUUGUUAGAAGAUUCUAGAGAUUGGUGUACUGUUUCAAAUUAAUCAAUUUAAUAAAACUAACAUUUCUUUCAUAUUAAUUCUUUCUAGUUGGUAUUAAAGCUCCCUGAUCUUGGGAUCCCUGCUUUUGCAUUUCUGGUUUACUGUCUUAGUUAUGAUACCUUCUAGGGUUGCCUGAAGUUCACCCAUUUCCUUUAAACUUGUCUUGGCAAUAUGGAUCAUAACCGUAUAGAACCUAUCCAAGUUUAGUUGCCUCCGACGAAUCAACUCCUAAAAUAAACUUUAUCUUCUCAACAAAUGAUUCUGCUGCAACAGUGAAGCAAGUCAUGUUGUGAUUUGCUUGUGUAAAAGUUGUCAGUUUAUGAGCAGAAUCGUUAAGGCGUUUAGUAUCAUUGGUGAAAAUACUCUUGGACUUCUUCCAGAAAGAGUCCCAAGGUUUGAAUGCUCUGAUAUUUCCUUGUAUAUUGGAUUUUUCAAAUUACCACAACUAAACCCAAAGCUGAAAAUCUAUUUUCUUCUGGUGUGCAACAUUGUUUGAGGGUAUUUUACUAUUGGCAUCUUCCAAGUGAUCAUGGAGACCUGGUCAAGAAAGCAAAGAUCAAGAAAUCCUAAAGACAUUCUUGAGGGAAGAAGGUAAAAAAAAGGGAUUUGAGGGGGACAAGGUGCUGCCCCCUACUGGUUGAAACAAACUCUUAAAAUAAGAGAGACAUAGGUUGAAUCCCUAAUGUGUAUAGAGCACAUUGGGUCAUCUAUUUAUAACUAUGAAAAUACAAAGUGAUGGGCUUAAGCCCUAUUAGGAAAUAGACUUUAAGUCUAACUCAACUUUAAAAAACUGGCUUGUGAGGUGAGGUUUGCACCUAUUUAUAUAUUGUGAGUUUACCUUAUCUCUAGUUUAUGUAGAAUCUUUAACACCCGUCCUUCAUGUUGAGACAUACAUUUAGAGUGUGAGAUUAAAUAUUAAUAGAUGGUCUGAUAGGCUUUACAAAUAAUAAGAUAAACUUUUUGUUGAAAUGUAAUAUGUUUUUAGAUAUAGGCUCUGUAGGAGCCUACUGUUUACUGUUUAUUGUUGAUUACUGUUUUUCAUUAUUGUAUAAGUAUGUGUUUAGUGUGAAGAUAAUAAUAAGAAAAAGAGAGUUUCUUUCUCUUAAUUCUCCAAAAUGGUAUCAAGAGCCAAGCACCGGGGCUCUCUUCUGUAGACGCCAUCAACCACCAGCCACCGCCGUUUUCGCCGUCGUCGCCGCCGCUUUCGCCGUCGCCGGUACCCCAUUUUCUCAGGAAAAUUUAGGGGUUUUGUGCGCCUCCGUGAGCGCGACCCAACCCUGGUGGUCGCCGUCCCUGCAUCUCCCUCACGCGCCGUCACGCGCCGCCGCAGCCCGCUAGAUCUCGCGCGCGUACUGUUCACGCGCCGCCCUACGCUGGUCGGAAUUUCACCGCGCAUCUAGGGUUCCGCUCGCGUCACUCUCCUGAGCCUAUAUCUGACCUUACUUCCCUGUUUCAGUGGGUGUAAUUGAUACCUAGGGUUUUCUCUCUCCGAAUAGUUGAAUAUCUCUCCAAGUCUGGUUCAUUUUCUGAUCUGUAAUGGCAUCUACUGCAAUUAAUUCCUCUCUAUCUGCAACUCCUAUCAUCACAUCUGCAAAACUCAACUGGAAAAAUUAUUUAUCUUGGUCUUCUGCAGUGGAAUUAUGGUUUCUUGGUCAAGGACACCAUGAUCAUCUAGAACAAGAUAUCUCUAUGGUUCCAGAUGAAGAAAAAUCUCAAUGGCAAAAAUUGGAUUUUCAGUUAUGUGCAAUUUUGUGGCAGUCAGUGGAGCAAGAGGUUUUAGAUAUCUUGAGACCCUAUAAAACAUGUUCAUCAUUUUGGAAAAGGGCAGAAGAUAUUUUUGCUAAUGACGUACAACGUCUUUUUGAUGCAACCCAAAGAGUAGCUUCUCUAAAACAAGUCAACCAUGACAUGGUUUCUCAUAUAGCAAAGGCUCGGGCUGCUGUAGAAGAAUUAAAGAACUUCUUUGUAGCUGAUUCAUUAGAAGGGAUCAAUAAAAAGCUUGACAAGUUUUACAUGGUCCUAAUUCUGAGAAGCUUACACUCCGAUUAUGAUCAUGUACGUGAUCAAGUUUUAGCUGGUGAUCAAAUCCCUUCAAUGGAUGGGUUGGUUACUCGACUUCUUCGAGUACCUCCAUUGGUGAAAGAUGAGAAUUCAAUCGAUGUUAUUGGAACAUCAGCUAUGAUAAUGCCACAAGGAAGAGGAGUGCCACAAGGAAGAGGAGGAGGCAGAAGCAAGCGAGGACGUGGUGGUCGUAGCAUACGUCCUCCUCCUCAAUGCACAUACUGUAAGAAACUAGGCCAUACUCGAGACAAAUGUUAUGUUCUACAUGGAUAUCUAGACAAAGUUGCUCAUGUGUCUAAAUCUGGUGAUCUAGAAUCCAGAAUUUCAAAUGAAGAAUAUGAAGAAUUUUUACGUUACAAGUCUGGAAAACCGUCUAAUCCUGGCCAAUCCUCUGUCAUGACUAGUGUGCCUACAGCCAGCCUAUCUCAAUCUGUGGAAGGUCAUAAUCCAUGGAUUCUGGACUCAGGUGCCUCAGACCAUAUCUCUGGAACAUGGGACAGGUCGUCUGAUUGGAGAAGGACAUGAGUCUCAAGGACUUUAUUUCUUAAAACCUCAUUCCUCAGUUUCCUGUUUUACCACUUCAUCCCCCAAACUUCUGCAUGAUCGUCUAGGCCAUCCAAGUUUGUUCAAGUUGAAGAUGAUGGUUCCAAGUCUCAAAAACAUCCAAGUCUUAGAUUGUGAAUCUUGUCAAUUAGGAAAACAUGUUAGAUCUUCCUAUCCUAAAAGAUCUGAGACACAGUGUGAUUUUCCUUUUUCAAUAAUUCAUUCAGAUAUUUGGGGACCAAGUCGUGUUACUUCAUUUGGUUUUAAUUAUUUUGUAACCUUUAUUGAUGAAUUCUCUCGAUGUACUUGAAUACUAAUGUUCCUGUACAUCAUUGGGGCGAUGCAGUCCUCACUGCCUGUUUUCUUAUCAAUAGGAUGCCUUCUUCCUCUCUUAAUAAUAAAAUUCCUCACUCUGUCAUUUUUCCCAACGACACUUUAUACCAUGUUUCCCCACGUGUAUUUGGGUGUAUGUGUUUUGUUCAUAAUGUUUCUCCAGGUCUUGAUAAGCUCUCAGCAAAAGCUAUCAAGUGUGUUUUCUUAGGAUACUCUCGUCUUCAGAAAGGGUAUAGAUGUUAUUCUCCCUCCACAAAGAGAUAUUAUAUGUCAGCUGAUGUCACAUUCUUUGAGGAUACACCUUUUUUUUCUUCCUCCAUGGAGGAUCGUUCCUCUGUUCAACAAAUGUUUCCUUUACCAACAUGUGAUCCUCUAAUUAUUCCUGAUUCUGUACCUCAAAAUCAAAAUCCAAAUAACAUUGUUCCUCCACCUCUUAUCACAUAUCAACGUCGAACCCAAUCUCGAACUCCUAACAUUGAUGAUCCUCGAGACUCAGAUCCUUCUGCAUCAGAUCCUCAGACCAUGGAUCCUUCAUCAUCUUCACCUUCUACUGAUUCAGAUGAUAACUGGCCCAUUGCCCUCCGUAAAGGUAUUCGUUCUACUCGCAAUCCAUAUCCUAUUUAUAAUUUUGUGAGUUAUCAUAACUUGUCUCCUACAUAUUUCUCCUUUGUUUCCUCAUUAUCAUCGACUAAGGUUCCUAAUAAUAUUCAUGAGGCACUUGUUCAUUCUGGAUGGCGACAAGCCAUGGUUGAUGAGAUGAAGGCACUUGAACACAAUGGCACUUGGGAUCUUGUCCCUCUUCCUCCUGAUAAGAAACCUGUUGGUUGUAGAUGGAUUUAUACUGUUAAAGUUGGUCCUACUGGUAAAAUUGAUCGCCUUAAAGCUCGACUGGUAGCUAAGGGCUAUACUCAAGUUUAUGGCCAAGACUAUUGUGAUACUUUUUCUCCUGUGGCUAAAACCAAUAUCGUUCGUAUUUUUCUUGCUAUGGCUGCCAUUCGUCAUUGGCCUCUUUAUCAGUUAGACAUUAAAAAUGCCUUCCUUCAUGGUGAUCUGGAAGAGGAGAUAUACAUGGAGCAACCUCCUGGAUUUGUUGCUCAGGGGGAGUCUGGAUUAGUUUGUAAGUUGCGUCGUUCC